UCGGCAGUGCCCCGCCCUUGACACCCUACGCAUCCUGUGGGACUCGGCGGCGGGAGGCGGGCCGGGGGCGGGCCGCAGCCCCGACCUGGGCUGACCAAGAUGGCGCUGGCGGUGGGAGCGCGCGUCCUGCCUCGCGCCCUGCUCCGUCCGUGGGCCCGGCUGCCGGGCGCGGUUCCCGGGCGGACGCGGCCGGCCGCCGGCGGCGGGGACCGCGUGCGGUGCUUCGGGAGCCCUCGGGUGCGGGUGGAGCCGGACCCCGCGGCAGGGGUCGCUGUGGUGAAGAUGAAGAACCCCCCGGUGAACAGCCUCAGCCUGGAGUUGCUGACGGAGUUGGUCAUCAGCCUGGAGAAACUGGAAAACGACAAGACCUUCCGAGGCAUCAUCUUGACGUCGGACUGCCCCGGGGUCUUCUCUGCUGGCCUGGACCUGAUGGAGAUGUGCGGGAAAAGCCCGGCACACUACGCCGAGUACUGGAGGGCCGUGCAGGAGCUGUGGCUGCGGCUCUACCUGUCCAACCUGGUGCUGAUAGCUGCCAUCAAUGGAGUCAGCCCGGCUGGAGGCUGCCUGUUGGGCUUCAUCUGUGACUACCGCGUCCUGGCCGACAACCCCAAGUACACCAUGGGGCUGAACGAGACUCGGCUGGGCAUCAUCGCCCCCUUCUGGCUCAAAGACACCUUUGUGAACACCGUCGGGCACCGAACCGCGGAGCGCGCCCUGCAGCUGGGCUUGCUCUUCCCGCCCACAGAGGCCCUGCAGCUGGGCUUGGUAGACCAGGUGGUGCCCGAGGACCAAGUGCAGAGCACAGCACUGUCGGUGAUGACCCAGUGGCUGGCCAUUCCAGACCACGCCCGACAGCUGACCAAAAUCAUGAUGCGCAAGCCCACGGCCGACCGCCUGGUGAAACAGCGUGACGCGGACAUCCAGUAUUUCGUCAGCUUCAUCUCCAGGGACUCCAUCCAAAAGUCCCUGCACACGUACUUAGAAAAGCUCAAAGAGAAGAAACACUAAGGGCUGGGCCGCGCACAUGGCGCUUUCCACCGUAUGUGCCCUUCCAGGGGCCCUCUGGUUCCGAGGGGGUUUCACUCCAACUUGAAGGCGCUUUCGGCUCUUGGUUUUCCUGAUCUUCUUGGAAGCCAUGUUCCCAGUAGCUAGUGUCCCCAGGCCACUGUCCCCCACGAGCACCUUUUCUGCCUUGCACGUGGGCAGGGCAGGAUUGGAGGCAGCAUUCUCAGUUUAGGAAUCAUGAACUGGCAGGUGGGGCAGUUCAGGACCUCAGCGACGUCACCGCUGACGACUGUCCCCUUUCCCAGAGCAGAAGUGUGAAUAAAUCUUUGUGCUGUCCCCUCA